UACCUCAGGAAUUGGACAUGGAACUUAAUAGUAGAACAGAAGAGGAUGUUUUGGAGCGACUGGCUUAUGCAGAACAGUUGGUGGUGGAGCUAAAAGAAAGUAUUAGACAGAAGGAUAUUCAACUGCAGCAGAAGGAUGAAGCUCUACAGGAGGAAAGAAAAACUUCUGAUGACAAAAUUAAAAAAAUCAAAUUUCAUGCAAAAGCAAAAUUAACUGCUUUGAAUAAACACAUAGAAGAAAUGAAGGCACAAGGAGGAACUGUUCAGCCUCCAGAAUCUCAGUCAAAAGAGUCAUUCUCCAAG